AAACCCCCGCCUCCGAAACGUCACGGAGCUUGAUAGAAACGGGCAAUGACGUACGGCCGAUCACCGCCGAUCACCAUUCGCCUCCUCUCACCUGAAUAGUAACCCCAAAGCCCCAAAUCAUCUGAUUUUCCGCCAAUUCAUUUCAUCUUGAAGAAUUGCAAAAGAGCAUCCAAUCGACAGCGAAUACGCAAAAUGAAUGGAUAAAUAAGUCGAAUCGGCAAGCAAAACCGGGCCGAUUCGGAUAACUGCAUAGCGAAGUUCGCACAACUCUACCUUCGCAUAGAGAAACCCGCGCAAACAAUGGUCGAAAAACCACAGCUGUUUUCCCCGCUUCUUGCAAACGGUCGAUCUGCAGAUCUCCUCCUCUUGUUCGCCCUAUCACGCUCGUCUUUCGUCUUUCUCUACCCAUUUCGCAAAGCUUCUGAAACACCCAUCAUCCACAAGGUUCUGUCACCCCCAGCCGAUUAUGGGCCCCCAUCUCGACAUGCCGAGGCCCUUUCCUCUCAGAAGGAUUCGCCGAUCCCCGCCACUCAACGUGCCUCGUCGCCCGCCUGGCAGGUCAGUUCCCCUAGAGAGACUCUGAGAGCUUGCAGAGAGGUAGGGUGGCGAGCUGGCGAAAUGGGGGAAGCAAGGAGAAAAAGGCCCAUCAGCCCUAAACUCAAUGCCACUCGGCAUACUGCGACAGCUGCCCCUAAGAGGAAUUUCCCCAUGGCGAUCGCGUCUCCAUUGGUACUUCUGCCAUACGAUUACCGUCGUAUUCCAGGUGAUAGAGGUCGCAGAUCUGAAUAUCUCUCUGCGCGACAGACCUCUCCAGCAGCCUCUUGUGGUGAUAAUUGCCCGUUUCUCUACAAAGAGAUUGCAUUCUCCCAUGCAGAUCGCGGAAACAAGCCAGGGGAAGCUUCUUCCUCGCGUGGCGAUAGCUCGCCGCCUGGCCACUCGUGGCCUGCUGUCCAUUGACCAGUGAAAACGCUUGCUUCCGCUGCCUCGAGGGCUUCUCGUCCGCUUCUCGCCUAUCCCACGGGGAGCAAAGUCGCUUGUGGGUGGCACUGUGGGCGCUGA